UAAAUCAUCGUAUUAACCAGUUUAAGUAUCUUGGGAAUGAUGCGCGUGAUAAACCAGUUGAGAUGACUCCUGGUACUGGGAAAUUAAGUGGACAUGCAGUUCAGAAUUGGUGCUUUCUCCGGCUUUUACCUCUUUUGGUUGGGGAAAAGAUUGUCAGUCCAACUGAAAAUGAGGUAUGGCAGUUAGUACUUCAACUCAGACAGAUAGCAGAGCUCAUCUGUGCUCCUUCCAUUAAUAUUGGUCAGAUUGCAUAUUUAUCAGUGCUAAUAGAGGAGUAUAUUGAGACUCGAAAGGUGGUUUUUCCAAAUCAUCCCCUUAAGCCAAAGCACCACUACCUGUGUCAUUAUCCUGAGCUCACUGGUCGUUUUGGUCCACUUAUUCGCCUCUGGACACUACGCUUUGAAAGUAAGCACUCAUACUUUAAACAGUGUGCGAGAAAAUUGCACAACUUCAAGAAUUUGAGUGCUACAUUGGCAGAAAGACAUCAACUUCUUCAGGCUUACCUACAUGCUGGAAGCCCUUUCCCUGAAAAUGUUGUGGCAGAGAGGGGAAUAGAGUUUCAUGUUAAUGACUACAAUGAUGACAUUCAAGGAUCUGUUGCUGGUCUUAACUUUCAGCCAGGGAAUACAGUAGCAUGUAAUGAAGUGACCGUAAAGGGAACACUUUAUAAAAAAAACAUGCAUGUUGUUUUGCAGAAGAAUGAUGAGGGAAUUGUGUUUGGGAACAUUCAUUUAAUUAUUGUACAUGACAAUUGCGAUGUGUAUUUUGUCACAAAGAAAAGUCAGUCUUUUUGUCUUAUAGACCAGGGAGUUCAUUGCUUGAAACCACAAGAUCAAGGCUACCUAUGCAUAAAUCAAGACAGUCUACUGGAUUACUAUCCUCUGCCUGAGUAUUCAUUGUGUGGCUUGUCAGUAAUUGUUCUCCAUCAUUCCUUCCCAAUUUUAGAAUAAUGUCUGGAAUGAAAGAAGUCCUGAAAGAUGCUGUACUGUUGGUGUUGCCAAGCCUAUCUCCAGAUGUAACCAACCAGCUUGUUGAGAAGCUCAUGGACCAAGGUGUUGAAGGCUUGGAUGAUUUGGUUUAUGUAAAAGAAGAUGACAUUUUGGAGUUUAUAAGACCUAUCCAAUGCAGAAAACUUCUUAGUUCAUGGAAAAAUCAAGGUCAAUCUCUGAGCAACCAGCGCUGGAUGUUGAGUUUGGAGGGUCAAGUUGUGUGUGAAGGAGCACAGCCCAACUUCAUCACUGGACUGGCAGCGCUGUUUGCCUCCUUCUAUAACUUCAAUUUACAGUACCAGGAAGAGGCAGCAUGCACCCUUGAGUUUGUUCAGAGACGCUUUGUUGACAUCAAUCCUGAACGUGGAUCAAAAGCAAAAAAAGGAAAAGUGACUUCAAAGAAAACUGGCCAAGUCGUGCAAAAAAAGAACGCAACUGUAAGCCCACCAGUUUCCUCACUUCUGCGAAAACUUGCAGACUUUGAAUGGAACUUUGUUUAGAACCUGUCAGCAAGUACAUUCAAAGUAA